UCCUACAAUAAAACUCAUUAGCAUCGAGAAGUAUAGGCUUUUCUGAUUUCAAAUUUAGCUUUUGAAAGAAGUAAGUUUGUUGGAAUUACAGGCAACCAUUUCAAGAUCCAUUCAUGGCGGCCAGAGUUGGAGUGUGUUAUGGAAUGUCGGGGAACCUGCCGAAUCCAUGGGAGGUGGUGGAGAUGUUGAAGCAACACAACAUCGGAAAAGUGAGGAUUUUCCAAGCACAUCACGAAGCCCUGAGAGCCCUAGCAAACACAGGCAUAGAAGUAAUAGUGGGUGUGGGCAACGAUGAGCUUCAGAUAAUAGCAAGCAACCAGGCGGCAGCCAAUGGGUGGGUCAAUGACAACGUUCGCGCUUUCUACCCGGCGACCAACAUCAAAUACAUUUCGGUAGGAAAUGAAGUGUUGCAUUACGGAAACGAGAGAUUUGUCUCAUUUCUCCUCCCCGCAAUGCGAAAUAUUCAGACAGCCGUCCGCGCCGCCAAUCUGCAGAAUAACGUAAAGGUGUCCACCACGCACGCCUCAUCUGUGCUGGGGAAUUCUUUUCCGCCUUCCGGGGGAGAGUUCCGCAACGAUCUGAAGAACACGCUGCGCCCUCUGCUGGGCUUCUUGGCAGAGAACGGGGGUCCGUUUUUGGCCAAUGUGUACCCAUAUUUCAGCUACGUGGGCAACAAGGCCCAGAUAUCGUUAGACUAUGCGCUCUUCAAGUCAUCCGGCCCGGUCGUCAACGACGAAGGCCGUCAAUACUGGAGCUUGUUUGACGCCUUGGUGGAUUCUCUGAUAGCUGCGUGUGAGAGGGAGGGACAUGGAGAGAUAGAAGUGGUGAUUACUGAAAGCGGGUGGCCGUCUGCGGGAGAUGAUGGGGCAGCCACCGUGGAGAACGCGAGGGCGUACAAUAACAAUCUGGUGAGGCACGUUUUGUCCAAGGAGGGAACGCCCCGGAGACCAGGGAGGUCCAUCGACACAUACAUUUUCGCCAUGUUCAAUGAGAAUAUGAAGGACGGCCCAGAGAUCGAGCGCCAUUUUGGGCUCUUCUAUCCCGAUAAGAAUUCCGUUUACCCCGUCAAUUUCACUCCCUAGUCGGGAUGUCCCUUAUUUUUUCUACUUGUGACCAAUAAUAAUAAUAAGACACCAGGCAUUUUACGCCUUUGACUUGUGAAUGACUACCUGCUACUACUAAACAAAUGAGGUGAAUCGCAGUUCUUAUCUCUAAAUAUUGUGUUUUAUCACUCCCUUUCAAUUCAUAAUUAUAUGGAGUAUAAUAGAAUUGUUUAAUCAUGAAUCCUUUAUUAUAAAUUAAGUGUUUCAAAGCAUAAAUCCGUUCUUCCUGCUAUUCGGUGUCAUCUUUGAGGAGGUCUUAGCAUAUGCAUUUCAAGGGUGAAUCCUCCUCCUGUUAGCUGUUAUAUGCAAUUUCUGAGACGGAAACUA